AUGGCGUCGCCAGUGUCAUCAGAGCAGGCGGUUGAGGUGCUCGUCACGCAGCUGAACCAGCGUUCUGAGAUCGUGACGCUGCAGAGGUCCAUCGGGAUCGACGUCUCCGACGCCAAGGCCAACGCCUUUAUGCUCCACCUCAGCCAGGUGCAGAACCUCAGCUUGGCGGGCGCCGCCCGCCUGACGCGCCAGGUCGGGUUGGGGCCCUGGUCCCAGACCCAAUCAUCAGGCAUCGCUGGCGCGAUCAACGCCUGCACGAGCCGCUCCGAAAUCACGGGUGGCAAGCGCGACGUUCAGACGUGCGAGACCUUGGAAAGGUAUUUCACGCAGCGGCCCCACGACUACUUCAAGACGGAGGCCGUGGACGUCGAUGUCGCGAGUCGCAUGGUUGCCGUGCAGCUGUACAAGCUGGGGCUGGUCUGCCCUUCGAACCAGGUGCUCAAGCGCGCGACCGGCAUCAUGCAGCUGGCUGGGCUCAAGGUGAUGAGCAUGAGCCCGAGCAGUCAAUCGAGCAUCGGCAAGGCGAUCCUGGGCUACGUCAAAGCCAUGGGCAAGGAAAAGAGGUUCCCGUUGGCUCACAUCUUGCAGUACCCAUCUGACCCCAUGGAGCUGCCUCCUGCCCACAUUCAGCACGCGUACGGUGGCGAGAUGCCCGUGCCGUUCGUGAUCGACGGUUUGCAGUUGUCCGCGUCGACCUGCUGCUACCGCAAGUCCCACAAUGGCAUGAAGGACCAGCAGGGCGCGGCCCCCAACCAACAGACGAAUGAGCAGAUGAUGGCCGCGGCGGUGACUUCAGCGAUGGCACCCUUCGCGCAGGACUGCGACCCCGUCGGUGAGCUUGAGGCCGUCGUCAGGGACGCAGCCGAGGGCGCCAAGCAUCGCGCUAGCCGCAAGACGAAAGGCCCAAAGACGCAGACGAAGAAAGCUGGCAGGGCAGCCGCUGCUUCCGUGCUCGCGUCCGCGCGCAGGGGCGGCAAGGCCGCCGGCAAGGGUGGCAGGGGCGGCAGGGGCGGCAAGGCCGCUGGCAAGGGCGGCGCGUCCGCUGGCAGCGGCGGCAAGGCCGCUGGCAAGGGCGGCGCGGGCCGUAGGAUCGCCGAGGUCAGCGCGUCCGACUUCCGUUCUGAGGCGACGUGCACGGCCGACUACCCGAAAGGCAAGAACGAUUUUACGUCGCGGGCGCACGGGGUCGCCAGGAGGCGAUGCGCGUCGAGCGGCAUGAGCGAUGCAGCGGCCAAGAUCGUCGCUCGGGAGUUCCACGCAAUGGCGGCUCGCUCAUUCGAGCGUGUGUUCGGCAAGGGCCAGAAGUAG